GCUUUGCAGCAAAGCAAACCCGGAGGCCAAAGAUACCAGUUCGCGAACGCCGAUGGACCUCAUCAAGCAGGUCUUUGCUCAGCUUUCUGCAAGGGGCCCCGACAACCAGCCGUUGCUCUCCCCGGCAGACAGCACAAAGGCGCGACAGCUGUUGUCCUUGGUCAUGGACCAAAGGAUGGUAGCUUUCAACCUUGAGAGUCAGGAGGUGCAGGGUGUGCACUUUGCG